AUGUUGCCGAUGAGCCGCUUGGGGACCCUUCUUCUCCUCGGCCAUCAGUUUCGAGCAUGUGCUGAGAGUGCAAUCCCAUCUCUGGAUGAUAGCUGUGGAGACGACGCUAGGAGUGUGUCUUGGGCCAUGUGCGGUAUGGAGGUGCCAGAUUGGAAGGUCAGGAGAGCAGAUGAGCGACAGGACGAAGUAAGGGGAGUGGUUGACAGGAGCCGAGGCGAUGGUAACUAG